GGUAAUUCCCUUUCGGCGCAGUUGGCACGUUGGAGGAUGCGCGCGUGUGCGCGCGGUUAGAUUUCGAUUGCACUUGAAAAAGAGCGUAAUGGCUCGUGGUGGAGACGGAGGCCGGACGCGAGGCGGUCGUCGAACUCGCGGUACGUGAGACACGGGAAGAGUAAGGAAGAAAGGAAGAAAGAAAGAAAGGAAAAAAAAAUGGGAGAAGCGAAGACAAGAUCGGAGAACGCAAGCCAGUCGGAAAGAGAGUGCUUUCUUCGUGAAUCGGUGACGGUGAAGGUCCUCGUAUAUAAGCAACUGCUGGCAGUGCAAUUGUCAGUGUGACUCGUCCAAUCGGAAACACCAAUCGACUUACUUUCAACAACCGGAUGACGAUGUGGCGAAUAUUUUUAUUCACUUUGGCGGUGGUCGCAGCGAGACCCUCUCACUUCACCUCCCUGGAAGGCCACGGUCUUGCCAGCGAGCCGAAACUCAUCUCGGAAUCGGUUCAUCUGAAGGAAAUACCGACAAAGAUCAUCAAAGUCACCAAGACGGCGGUCGUCAAAGUACCAGUCCCCUAUCCGGUCAAGGUGCCCCAUCACAUACCCGUCCCAGUGCCGGUAAACCAUCCGAUCGCCGUUCCGUAUACGAAGUUAGUGAAAGUCCAGGAACACGUGCCGAUCGAGGUGUCCAAGCCGGUCCCGGUCGCGAUUCAUCAACAAAUACCAAUACCGGUGCCGAAGGCAGUCCCGGUGCCGCAGCCGAUUCCGGUUCCUCAUCCGGUGACGGUGAACAAGCCAGUCUUUUAUCCGGUACCACACCCGUUCCCGUAUCAGGCCAGCAGCCACUCCGAGGGUGGUAUCGGAGUCGGCGGAUACGAUCACGGGGAUCAUCUGAGCCACCAAUCGGAAAAUUACAGUUCUUACACGGUGGACCAGGAAGGAGGCCAUGACCACUUUCAACCCUCUCAACCCGAAUACAACUCGCAUCGUUGAACUCAUCGGUCUCUCGAUGAAGCGACUUUGCUUCACUUGUACCUACGUACCUACACGUGUAUUUGUAUGUACGUACGCUAGUUUAUCUACGCUUCGAAUGAACGCCGAGCGUCUCGGUGACUUUAACUGA